CUGAUCAACAAUUCCACAAGGGUUCCUGACGAUUUAACGAAUUGCAUUUGUCAAAUUGUCCAUGGCUUCUCCUCCAGCUCUCUCGGAUGACGGCAUCAGUGUAUUCUGGCACGAGGGGAUGCUCAAUCACGACGCGGGCUCCGGAGUGUUUGACACUGGACACGACCCCGGAUUUCUCGAUGUGCUAGAAAAGCACCCUGAGAACUCGGAUAGAAUCAGGAACAUGGUAUCCAUCCUCAGACGAGGCCCCCUCUCUUCCCACAUCUCAUGGCAUAGCGGCAGACUUGCUCUUAUAUCUGAACUUCACUCCUUCCAUACACCAGAAUACAUAAAUGAACUAAUGGAAGCAGAUAAGGAAGGGGGUAAAAAGGUUUGUUUAGGAACUUUCUUGAAUCCUGGCUCAUUGGUUGCUGCGCUUCUUGCCGCCGGUACCACACUAUCUGCAAUGAAGCAUAUACUUGAUGGAGAUGGAAAGAUCGCCUAUGCAUUGGUCAGGCCUCCUGGUCACCAUGCUCAACCUACUCAAGCGGAUGGAUACUGCUUCCUUAACAAUGCAGGACUAGCUGUUCAGUUAGCUUUAGAUUCUGGGUGCCAAAAAGCAGUGAUUAUUGACAUUGAUGUUCAUUAUGGAAAUGGGACUGCUGAAGGGUUCUAUCAUUCCAACAAAGUUCUUACCAUCUCCCUUCACAUGAAUCAUGGUUCUUGGGGUCCAUCCCAUCCACAAAGUGGAUCUAUUGAUGAGCUCGGUGAAAAUGAGGGGCUUGGCUAUAAUUUAAAUAUACCUCUGCCUAAUGGAUCUGGUGACAAAUGUUAUGCAUAUGCCAUGGCCGAGCUGGUUGUCCCAGCUGUUCAAAAGUUCGAACCUCAUAUGAUAGUUUUGGUUGUUGGCCAAGAUUCCAGUGCGUUUGAUCCAAAUGGAAGACAAUGCUUGACAAUGGAUGGUUAUAGAAACAUUGGGCGGGUGGUACGUGGUCUGGCAAAUAGGCACAGUGGGGGCCGCCUUCUCAUUGUUCAAGAAGGCGGAUACCAUAUUACAUACUCAGCAUAUUGUCUUCAUGCAACUCUGGAAGGCGUACUCAACCUUCCACUUCCUAUGUUAUCUGACCCCAUUGCCUAUUACCCAGAGGAUGAGGCCUUUGCGGUGGAAGUUAUUGAAUCCAUCAAGAGGUAUCAAAAGGACACUGUUCCAUUUCUGAAAGAAGCUUAACUCACAGUACUUCACAGAAUCUCGUCUAGGAUUGAGCAUUACGGGGUGCAUGGUGGAUCUUCAAAGUCGCGCACUCGCGCUGGGAGUUUAGAAGAUGCAUUCAGUGGGAUAGAAGGCAUGCCCAUGAAGCCAAAUGAGGUUGUGAUUAGCUGCUUGUAGUAAUUGUAGGAAUGUUGGGCUCGCUGAAAGGUUGACGAAGGCCCAGUUUGGUAAAACAUAUUGAAAGUAGCAGAUAUACUAGUAGAAACGGUGGUAGAAGAAAUGCUGUACAAUUUUAGUAGCAGAUGUAUUGUCUUAAUGCUUAUUAGUGUUUGGUUCAACAUUUGAUGGUAACAUACAUGUUGUGUAAUAUUAUGUGACAAAUUAUGUGUAGGGA